CUAAUAACUUGAUCCGAUUUUCGAAAGGGGGAGGGGUGGAAUUUUAUUGUUAGCUUUUAGGUUGAACAAAUGCUUCCAGCGUAGAGCCAUCCUAUCUGCUCAGCAAGAUGAGCGACAGGAAGGAAUGUUUUUUUUUUUUUUUUUUUUUUUACAUGCAAGGUAUGGGUGGAGCUACAGCACGUUUCAGCCCACGACAGGUAGCUCGGUACAGGUGAACGAGAGGCGUUUCUCAGUGAACUGACGAUACGAAAAGCCCCCGGGACCACAGUCAGUACAAUGACAGGGAACGACAGCGACUAGUCAGAUGCAACCUAUAUAAAACAGAUCAUUUCCUGCUGUUGUAUUUAGACUAAUGCAGUGCUUGUCGUUGUUUUCGGCAGUACAUUUCGCGUGAAAUAUAAGAGAACGCGAAUAUUCAAUUAUCUGGUAAGUGUAAAACUUUACCAGAACAAUGCUCAGCUCAGAGUCGUUGCGGCCGAACAUUCAUCGUAAGGCGCUCGGCAAACUUGCCACCAGACUGGAGGAAGUGAAGAAUCCAUGGCGACAAGUGUCAACCUUGGAGUUGAGCCACAAUGAGGCCGCUAGACUGGCCACAGAUGCCCUGCUGGAGUCCGGAGAGAAAGAAUACCGACGGGUGCUAACGGAGGAGAGAGAACUGAAUUUUCUUUCACCACUUGAAAUCCAAUACAUUACUGAUAGCGCCACCAAAAACGUCUCCGAUAGUAGCGGCGCAAAUGGAUCUGAGCGAGAGUUUGGUGAGGCAGACGCGGUGUCGGAGCUUACGUCUGGGACAUAUUUUCCAAUGAUGUCGGACGAAGAUGCGCCUGCUCUGGAACUUGGCUGGCCGGAUCUCCCCACCCGGUACGGUCCAUCGGAAACGCAGAUCUAUUUCCAGAGGGACAAGUCUCACAAUGUCAAAGAUCUCAUUCGUUCUCUUAUCAAUAAAGCAAAAAAGGUCAUUGCCAUAGUGAUGGACCUUUUCACGGAUGUGGAUUUACUCUGUGAUUUGAUGGAGGCCUCAAACAAACGCAAGGUCCCUGUGUAUAUUCUUCUGGACAGCCAGAACCUGGACUACUUCAAGGACAUGUGCAUUGCUCUGGACAUCCGCAACUCCCAUCUGAGUAAUAUGAGAAUUCGCAGUGUGUGUGGAGAGACAUACUGCACCAAAUCUGGGAAAAAGUUUACUGGCCAGGUACAGGAGAAAUUCAUGAUUAUCGACUGUGAAGAAGUUAUUGCUGGAUCGUAUAGCUUCUCGUGGCUGUCAGGGCAGGUCCACAGCAACAUGCUGCUCCACUUCUCCGGCAGGAUCGCCGAGCGAUUCGACUGCGAGUUCCGCUGCCUCUACGCCGACUCCCAGAUCAUAGAUUACUUUUACAACCCGGACGAGGAAGGCCUCCCCUUCUAUGCUGCCUUCCCGCCCAUGUUGCCCGUCACUGGGCCCAGAGACUUCCAGGACCGCGUGAGCUCUCGGGAAAGGCUGGGUUCGGACUCCAGCAGCCAGUCCAGCAGCAGCCUCUCCAGCGUUAAGAUGGCUCCCGGAAUGGCCGCCACCGUCUACCAGGUCACCGACAACAAUAAAGAGGCCAACAGCCCUUUCACGAGCCCAGAGAGAAGAGGGAGCCAGAACUCCGACGCCCACACCCAGGGGCCAGAGAGAUGGGGGGGCCAAAGCCCCAUGGCUCACAGCCAGGGAUCGGAGAAAAGAGAGGGCCAAAGCUCCGCCCCUCACAGCCAGGGAUCAGACAAGAGAGGGGGCCAAGGCCCCACCCCUCACACCCAGGGACUGGAGAGAAGGGGGGUCCUAGGCCCUGCCCCUCACACCCAGGGAUUGGAGAGAAGAGGAGUCCAAGGCCCCACCCCUCACACCCAGGGACUGGAGAGAAGGGGGGGCCAGAUCCAUGUCCAGGGUGGCCAUGCAGCCAGAGGCUUUUCUAAUGCCAACGGUCACAGCGCAAGCGCAGAAUGGGCAUCCCCGGUGGCGGGCCAAACAGGGCUAGAGUGGAACAAAGCUGAAACUCCCGAUUACCUACGGGGUAAUUUGGGAGGAACUACCUCAAAGGUCCAGGGCCUCAAUCUGUACGAUCACAAGCCUAACUACUUUCACAGUGGCAUGCCCAAGACCAACCCUCAGAUGGACACCAAAAUGACCGGCAAACACAAGAACCCUACCAACCCCCUCCUCAACAAGAUCUCCGACUUCUUCCAGUACCCCUAUAAGGAGAGGGAGACCUACAACCUCCGCAGGUCCCCGCCUCAGAGCACCGCCUUCGGGGGGCCAGACCUCACCCAGGCCGAGCCCGAGAGCCAGCAGCCACUGCCCCCGCCUCCACCCCUGUCCCCCGAGGCGUCGCCCACAGACGUGGGUAUGAACCGGCAAGAUGCCAAGAGGAUGACCCUGGGUCACAGCAAGCUGGACCUGGUCAAUCACUACAACAAGAUGAAAUCCAAGCACAUCUACAGCAGGUUUGAGCUAAAGAAUAACAACACCUGAGAUGAGAGGCUGGCCUUUCCUUUUGACCUUGGGACCUUGGGAGGAACAAUGCCUUGGUGUUGGGGGAGAAACACCAGCACAGGAGGGAGCAGUCCAGCUCCAUGUCUUAACACUGCCCACAGUCUAAAGAGUGCAUUGCACUGUACUGACCUUGUGGUCACAAGGAUACUGUGACGGGAGUUUUGUUUUUAAUGAGUAUCGAUCCAUAAAGGCACUCCAGUGCACGCUUUCUCCUAAGGAAGGCCUGAAAUAAUCUCUUGUUAUGUUGUUUGAGUUAUUCUGUGAAUAUAAAUGGUAGGCUACUGUUGGCUGAAGGUUAAAUAUUUAGGCAAUGUAAUCGUAAUUGGAUGGCAGAUUCACACAUGCUUGAUAAGAUGAAACGGCAAAUGCCAAGUUUUAAGUCUUGAAGGGGACGUAUGUUGAUAUCCCAUGAUAGGGAGUCUUCCAAACUAUGCAUGUGAAUUUACAGGCAGAACGCUUGGAUGAGGAUUUAAUAUCAUGACCAAAACCCUAACUUAACUUAAAAUGUAUUUAAUGGCAACUUGUAAUUAGAUUUUAACCCGCUGUACAACUUUUGUAAAUAAUUCAUCAACUUUGUUGAACUCAUCGUUGAGUUCAUCUAUGCAAUGGGGUGACAUGUUAAGCAGUAGGGUGGAGGACCACAACAGUAUGGUUGGCUGUUAUUCAACACCAAGCCAUAGUUGAGAAAGACUUAAGCUUCUGUUUGUCACCUGUACAUUGAAAAAUGUGGUUUUUUUUGUCACAUUAUGGCAAGCACAGGAAUGUAGUUCUACUCAUCACCGGAAUGCCCCAUGUGCAGAUCGGUUUUUUUGUUUGUCUUAUUUUGAGUACUCUGUUCCGGCAUUGUCUGUCAACACUUCCUUAACGCCCUUAUCAGUUUUUUAAUCUCUUUUGCAUAAUGUGAUUUUUUUAAAUGAAAGAAAAACAUUGUUUUUUUUCUCUCCCCACGGAGAAGAGCAAUUUGUGUAUAUUUGUAGAUAGUCAUGGUUUUCUGUUUUUUUAUGCUUUGACUUUUUCAUUUCAUUAAACCAUGUUAAUUUUUGCUGUGGCUAGAAAGAAAGUAUUUGAUUACAGUGUUACAGACAAAACAUGAAUGCAAUAAAGAAAGAUGGAACGAA